AUGGAGGGCGUCGAUCAUAAACGGGCGGCUGCACCACCGCCGCCUCCGGGUUUGGGCUUUCGGCCCAAGAAACCAUCAGCUGUUGCUACCAAAUUGAAGAGAUCUUCUCACAUGUCUAAUCUUUACACACGUGUCAAAGGCAAAGUUGAAGGCUCCUCUAAACCCUCUCGCCCCGAACGAAAGCCUAGAUUUGGAGCAGCCGCCGCCGCCGCCGGCGGUGGCAAACAGGGGAUGGCCGAUGCAUUAGCUGAGAUAUCAAAAAGAUCGGUGUACUUUCAACAAAUUGAGGAGGAUGUGAAGAAAUAUGCUGGAGCGGUUAAGGAAGUGAAAAUUGCAAUCAGCUCCUUUAAAACAUCUGAUAAGGCUGAGCUCAUUAAAUUCAAUAAAUAUGUAGAAUCUCACCUUGAGAAACUCACAGAUGAAAAUCAGGUUCUAGUAAGAUUUGAGGAUUUUCCUCAUAAGAAGUUGGAAGCUUUGAGGAUGGCUGCAGCAUUGUACACCAAGUUAGAUACAAUUGCCAAUACUUUAAAGAACUGGCCGAUAGUUUCACCGGUUGCCCAACUUCUCGACAAAGCCGACCAGUAUUUAAGCAAGAUCAAGUUGCAACUCGACGCACUGGAGCGGACCAAAGACCAAGACACGAAGGAGUUGCUAUCUCAAAAUAUCACUUUCGAUUUCUCCGUUCUUACACGCAUCAAAGAGCUGAUGGUGGAUCUCUCUUCCAACUGCAUGGACUUGGCACUUAAGGUGGGCAUGAUGACAGGGCAGAUAAGCUUAUAA